AAAUUUAAAAGAAAAUUUUUAAUGAUCUGGUAAAUUACGCGUAAAAUACGGAACUGAGUCUGUUCCAGCCUCUGCUACACUCCAGACUGAUCAGGCUGAUGGAAAUGUUAAAGCGUAAACAGCGCUUUGCUUUCGCGAUUUUUAUGCCAGUAGAGUCGGAUUAAUAGCACGAUAAGCAUUUAACCACCAUGAAUAACGAUGACGCUAGCGUGGAACAGUAUCGGCAACGCUGGGAAGCGGACGACCACUGGGCUAUGCGCCGGGACUUUAUCCUUCGACAUCGCGGCGCGUUCAGCGAGAACAGACUGCUGUGCCUGGCCCAGACGUUCGUGAACAUCGAACUCCUCGGGUGCAGGUACCCCACCGAGGUCGUGAACCUGGUUCAGGAGUUGGCGAAAGACCUCAAGAAAUCGGAGCGCCCGUCGCUGCCCAAGUUCGCGCGGGUCGCAUUCGUGAAGGCCGAAGAUGCCGUCGCCAACGACGGAUCUCUCUGCGAGACCUCUGAAUCGAAGGUUACGUACAGCGGUAUAUCGAUGCAAAGUUCCUUCGGAAAUUUCAGCAGGGCAGGACUCGGCAGCGCGGAGCGUAAACGCACGAGCGAAGCUCCUUCGGAGGUUGCUUGCCCCCCAAAAGUGGCGAGAGAGAACGGGUCAUUUGGGGGUGCAACCCCGGCCCCCAGUGCUGUUUUACCUAGUAGCCAGGGGCCGGUGGCAGGUACGAAUGACCUGCUACAGCAACCCAGGUUCAUCGAACUCGUUCGACUCAUCAGGCAGGACGCCAUCACCGGGCCGAACAUACUUGACAAGCUGCAGCAGGCCACAAUGAAAAGCCGUCUCUCGCUGAGCUGCGAGUUUGGCACAGCUAGCGCAGGGAAGGGAGGUGGUGCCUUUGAGUGUACCGUCAUCAUUGAUGGGUCAAGUGUGGCAACGGCCACUGCACUUAACAAGAAAGAAGCCAAGCGGGUGGCCUACCAACGUGCUUGGGACUCGCUCGGAUCUGGCUCGUCGUCUGCGAGCGUUUCGAAUUGUGGUGCGAUGGCUUCCGGAGUGGAGGCAACUGUAGCGCACCAGAGGACAGCUGGUUUGAAUACUGCAGCAACCUCUGUACCGAGAGCGGCUCAAAGGAGUCAUUCGCAGCAGAGGCAACAACCCGGGAACGUCGGGUCAUAUUCAGUUGCAAAUCUGCUGGAAGAUGGCAGUGGGCAGUUAAACCUGGAAACGUUUGUGCUGUUCGAGAACCACAACACGUCACUGGACGCUGCCUCCAUAUUGCACAACUCUGCCUCUGCCAACAGGCUCAAGUGCACUUUUGAGACGAGCGCAGACGAGUCCAGUUUCCGCUGCACCGUCGUCCUCGGACAGUGCGAGAUCGGGGUGGCCUUGGGGACUUCGAAACAGGAGGCCAAAGAGGCAGCCGCCGCAACGUCCCUCAACUACCUCCGGGGGCUUGUGCCGACCCUGCGGAUGAAGAGGCUGGUGGACGGCUGCGGCCCUGAGGUCACCAAGAACCGCGUCGGCACGUCCCAGGCGGUUCAGGAGCGCAUUUCGACCGAGAACGUCGGCCACCGUCUGCUCACAAUGAUGGGCUGGACCGGGGGCGGCGUCGGGAAAGAGGGCGCUGGCAUCGUGGAGCCCGUGAUGCUCAAAGAGACGUCGCACCGCAACGGGCUCGGCUACGCUGCCCCUCCCGGUGCCAAGAUGAGCCCCGGCUUCAAGGCGAAGGUCGUCGAGGUUCUGCGGGAGUUCUCGCGGACAGUGGUCCUCCAGGACCUCGUGUUCUCGCCCGAGUUCGACAACGAGGAGCGCAAGUACAUCCACACGGUGGCCCACCGGUUUGGGCUGAAGAGCGUCAGCAGGGGAGGCCAGGAGGGACGCUUCAUCACGGUGCGCCACAAACUGUCCGCCAGGGAGCUUGUCGAGGAGAUUUUGAGGACUGGGUCGACAGACAAGUACGAGGUGGUCUUGCCCGGCCAGUAGGGACUCAAUUCGGUCGAUUGUUGUGGGACCCUCAAGCUAGAAAGACAGUCCGAUAAGAUGAUGGAGGCUCCUGAAGCCUCAAGCAUUCGGAGACCUCUUGUCCUACAUCAUCAUCAUCAUCAUCAUCAUCAUUAUUAUUGAGACCCCUCUCCUUGUUUUGUCUAUUGUUUGUGUAACAUCCGACGAGGAAGUCUACUCUUGACAGAGAUCAGAUUAUAAAUAAAUAUAAAUUUUUUUUUUUUUAAAUUUUAUUUCUGCAUCCCAGUUAAAAAUUUCCACUAGGUUCCAGUUGGAAUUUUCCCAUUGGUACCAAUUAGGUUUUUGGACAACUAAUUGGUUACUGUCAGUGGGAACCAGCUGUAAUCCGUUCAGGUUCCAACUGCGAAAAUAAUUCCAUUUGGUGAGACCCAUUGGCCAGUGUGCUCCCAUUUGGAACCUACUAAAACCAAUUGGUUCCAAUUAAAAAAAAGUUAGAAUUUCAAUUGGAUCUAAAAGGAAUUUUCAGCUGGGAUGAGCUUGUGCAUAACCGCUUUUCGGAUAUUAACGAAUUCUGGGAAAAUUAUGCCAGUCUUGGGAUACCAAUGCCGACUCUUGGCUGUGGAGGGGAGCGUUGAAAAGGCGAAAGAAAGGCAAUAAAAGUGUUCCACAGCUUAAGUCUAGAAAUGCAUGUGCUAUACUCUGUUCACCCUUGAACUGAGACUAUAGUGGGAGCUAUGUGACCGCCAGACCAAUCGGAGAGCAGUACGACUGGUCUAACGAAGACAUGGCUUCUACCGUAGUCUCAGCUUACGGGUGAACAUAGAAUAGAAGAGUUGCACUGAAGUAUCUCUGAGAAUGUCAUACAUUCUACUUUAAGUAGAUCCUCUUUAGGCAUUAAAACAUCUUUGCAUUGGAUGGCUGUUUAUAAUUGCUAUAUUUUGUCUGUCGGGUGGAAUUGGUUCAAAAUGAACGAAUUUGCACCUUGCGAGUGGCAUUGCACAUUUCUGGGGAUAAACGAGUGGCAAACAACAGGGGCCUGGGGCACUUUUUCUCUACACGUGCAAAGGGAUUUGUUGAACUUGAGUAACCAGGGGGCGACAGAUUUUUAGGUCACGUGACCAGCUCCAGGGAGUAAAGCGGUGCAAGCCCGUCAAGCCCGUGACACAGCAUGCACGUACAGCUCAGAAAAGUACCUUGUUGCUUGGGUGACCCCUCUAGGUACUUCAAACUUGUAUGUCCCCAUGGAGUUGGUCACCUGAUUGCUUCCGAAACGCGUUUCGUGAGCCCUUCGUUAUGUGCGGUUUUUAUGUUGAACAGGUCCAUUGGGGCACGUUAAUUUUACAAUUUUUUAUGUUUUCCCUUGUACAGAUUUUGAAGCAUUCUUUGUGAUAUAAUUCGUCAUGUCAUAGUUGACUGUGGCAGCCAACCUGCUUUUCACAAAGUUGUCCUCUGCAUCUUUCUCUGUUUAAAAUUAUUGCACGGGUCCUUUAGGUGUAAGUAUUCUGUUUUACAUCUGAAAUUUGUUUUUAAGGAUGAUGAACUUGUUUGAUGUUCACAUUCUUUCUGCAUAGUGUAAGUGCAGAUGUAAUAAAUUAAAUAAAUUGUGACGCUGUGAAAACAUUAUGCUCAUACU